CUUGAAGACCAGCGAUGGUACAUCAAAGGACGAAGAAGGUCAUUUGGUCAAUGUUGGUGCUGAAGAUGAACACAUUGUUGCCCGUGGUUCUUACUCUUUCGUCGCUGAUGACGGUCAAACCUACACCGUCACCUACAUCGCCGAUGAGAACGGUUUCCAACCACAAGGUGCUCAUUUGCCCGUUGCCCCAGUGGCUUAAGUGCAAUAAUCGACAACUGAAUGUGGAGCUGUUAUUAGAUUUUAGGAAUGGAUGUUAAUUAAAAUUAAAGAGUGAACAAGUCAAAAACGAA